UACGAGGCUGGUGACAAAAAUUAUCGGUAGUUACUGGUACCCGACCGAAAACACCUAUAUUCAUGCCUUCUGUUCAAUAUAUUCUAAAGGUGUAAAAAUUUGAAAAAUUGAUAGUAUGGUCCAAUGCUCUUUAGAAACACCUCUCCCAGUACUCACAGAUUAUUGAAAAAUUAUAGACUGCUUUGGCAUGCAAUAUUGUAAAGUUGAAGUUGAAAACAGCGCCAAGCCUUGCCUUUUGCCAUACAAAAUCUUCAGAAAUUGCGCCAAGGCCAAUGUACCAACCAUUGUUCUCUUAAUAAUUGCUCAGCCAGUUUGGAUACGGAGUUCUGAGGGUUGGGAAGUAAAAUCCGGAGAAUUACCUAAACAUACAUGGAGAUUUGUUCUGAAUUCAUUCACUAGAUCAGUGGUUGGAAGGUCAUGAAUAUGGUCGUUUUCAGUGGAAAACCCGUACCUACCGGUGAUUUUUGUCGCCAGCCUCGUACUCGCCAAAAUGAAGAGUCUGUCCCCGACCUUUACCUAUCCGCGGGCGAUCGCUACACCACAACCUGCUUGUAUGAACCACAUCCAUCCUUCAUAACGUCGCAGGACUACUCGAGUACGGUAGUCUGCGUGGCUGCAGCUUUUCGGGUCUCGGGUUCGGCCCCUGUAACUUUCUGUUUGGUGGCCAAGCCCGGAUGCGGCUCUGUAUUAUGGCACCCGAAUUUUUCAUGACUUGCUCAUCUCACACAAUCUCCACGAACCAUCGCCAACCUUCAACCCUCCCACCGCCUACUAGCUACUCAUGCCACAAUGCCAGCCAAAACGAAACGAAAACGAGAACCCUCUUCCGAAGUCAAUGGGCCGCUUCCAGACUACACUAUCACGGUAGCGCCCACAAGUGAUUUCCCUCCAAUUCUUGGUUUGCCUCACCUCACCCCAGCCAUUCACAAACUGACGGGGAAGGGGGCAAACAGCUUCAUCACACGGCAUAUCCAUGCCACCAACUACUGAAUUCACGCCUUAUGUCCACACAGUCAACCCACCCGCCAAGAAGCCCCGGAAGGCACAGGAAUUCUUACUCUAUGGAGAGACUCCUCGAAUCGGGUACGAAGGUCGGGAGAUGCCCGAAGACGGGGACUACCGGAGAAAUUACGUUGGCAUCUUCAAUCCCAAGACGAAUGGGAUUGAGUUGCAUCUUGCGCCGAAGCUUCAUUUUAGCAGGAUCAUCAAGGCGCAUAUCAAGCGGGAUAAGUUAGUUGACGGGAAGGGUGUUGUUAUGGGUGUAUGCAAGCUUCUCUCCAAUUUGUGGGUCAGGGGGAAUGCUGAUUUAGAUCGGGGGAAACAGAAUGUGGAUUCGAGAACUGCCUUAGGUAAAGAAUUCGGUACGAAGAAGAGUCAGAAGAGAAUUCGUGAGAUCGAACUCAACAAGAUUGAUGUCUCGGAUAUGAACGAGAACAUCACUACCUCGAUUGUCUCCCAGGUGGAAGCAAACACCAAGGACAUGCCAACCGCGGCAGAACUAGGUAACCAGGUCCGCGAGAAUAAGCCUAUUCCAAAGGUAAACCAUGACGCAAAACACCCUAAUGAGGUUUACAACUUCGAGGACAUCAUCGGCUCCGACGAAUAUAACGUGAUAUGGGUCCGAGACUGGGAGCAGGGUGAAGAGCUGAAGAGGUAUGGUUUAUAUAUCUCUACGACCCCCCAAUGUGCAAACAGAAGAUUAAAACCAAAUGAUAAAAUAGUAAAUCCUCCUUCGUGCAAGCUCGCAUCCGCAAGCUCUCCGAAGACAAGAGCAAAAAGCACACUCGCCUUCUAAAAAUUCUCCGCUACAUCUCCUACAUGAUAGACUUCUACCUCCUUCAGCAGCGCGGCGGCGGCCGACUUCCCGCCAUGGACCGGGUGAAGAAGGCGUUGUCCAUAGACCACGCGAUAGCAGAGAGCUUCUUCAGGCGCUACACCGAAAAAACCAUCUCCGGCGAGGGGGGAAGCGACAAAGACAUAUGCGCCGUAUCCCCCGCACUCGCAAAUAAGAUCCUUUACCACAUGGCCGUGCUUUGCUUAAUGGUAGGCCAGUACGACGUAGAUAUCUUCGAGUUGAAGAAUGAUCUCGGCAUGCAGCCCAAAGAGUACCCCCCUCUCUGAUGGUGAAGGUGCCUAGGCGAUCCAUUGCUGAUUGAGGCUUUUUUGUGUGUAGGCUUACCCUGGCAUUUAAAGAAGUUGGCUGCGUGAUCCGAGAAUUCACGAAGCCGCAGUACACCGCAAUGAAAAUGACAAAGGCUGAGGCCGCGCAGCAUAAGAGGGCGGUGUUGAAGAUUCCGCUGGAAUUCCCGAAGCCGCCGACUAGGAGGGCUAGGGCUACUAGGCGGUAAUUUGGAUAUCAUGGAAGCUUUUCACCAAUGCAGGAGCGGGUAUAUGCUUGUGAAAUAUGCUUCUGGUGUGGGGGGCUGCAUACUGUAUGUAAGUUAGUGAUAAUAUCGCUUCUAUC